AUGGACUUAAACCGGGUUGUUGGUGCCCUUGUAGCGUAUUAUGUUGAGGAAUUUUUGGAAGAUGAAGAUGAUGAGGCCCUUUGGGAGCACAUAACUGUUGACAUCAAUGAGUUUUGCCGUUUGGGGGAUCCUUCAUUUCAGUGGCAUUUCCGAGUCAAUAAGCCAGUCUUUGAGUUAUUAUUACAAGAAGUUGGAAAUUAUUUAGUUGACAACAAUCUUCUGAUUAGAGAGAAACGUCCAGUAGCGCACAAGCUUCUGAUGGUCUUAUGGAUUAUGGCCACUCCAGACUCAUUUAGGAGUGUUGCACUUCGAUUUGCUGUUAGCAAAUCAGAAGUCCAUGAUCACUAUGUCCUUAUAAUUGGAGUACUACGGGAGAUGGCUGAUACUUAUGUCACAUGGCCAAAUGAAGAAGAGCGGAAUACCAUCAAGAGGAACUGCCAACGAAUUUCAGACUUCCCUGGGAUUGUAGCUCCUCAGGAAGAAAAAGCUGCAUAUAGGAAUUACAAAUUCGGAUACUCAAUCAAAGUUCAAGCUGUUCUUGAUGAUUCAUUACUAGUUAGAGAUGUUUACAUUGGGGAAGUAGGCAGCCUACACGAUGCCAGAGUUUUUAGGAGAAGUCCGUUGUGCCGCAGCAUCCUGCAGAGGCAAGACAUGUUUAGCCCAGGCGAACACAUAAUUGCUGAUUCUGCAUACAUGCUCUUGGACCGAGUUCUAGUACCAUUUGAAAAUAAUGGACACCUCACUAUCGAGCAGAGGAAUUACAAUCGUAGGUUGUCAAAAGUUCGCGCCAGAGUCGAGCAUACAUUUGGAAGAGUUGACAUUCUCUGGAGGCGAAUUUGCUAUCUGCCUAAUACUAAUAUAGAGUAUGCUGUGGACCACAUAGCAGCAACAAUUAUACUGCAUAAUUUUAACAUUAUCCACAAACAGAGAUGGAAUAUUGGAAAUCCAAGAAAUGAUGAAGAAGAUGAAGAUGAAGAUAUAGUAGACAAUCCUGAAGACUUUGAGCAAGGUAUUAAUGAUGUCAUACCUGAUCCCUAUGUGCCCCAAGGAAACUUAGCUCUUGAAUUAGAAAGAAUGCGAAUCAGAGGUGAUCAAAAGAGGUGGGAUGUAUGCAAUAGACUUGCUCAGUAUUUGUAUGAAGAAUAG